AUGAUUGCACCCCUGGGGGAACUCAAGGCCCAGUCAAAAGAGCCACUGUAUCCAAAAUACCUGCCACACUAUGAUCCUCUGGAGAAGGUGGAAGAGGUCGGUCCCUUUGAGCACGUUGACCCUGGUCACCGUGCCGACCCGAAAAUGCCAAAUUUGUUGCAGAACGCGACCAGUAUUACCGAACUGAGUCCGCAUUGUGGCACCGAAUUACUGGGCGUCCAACUGACCGAGCUGACCACCGAGGGCCUGGACGAACUGGCGCUCCUGACGGCUCAACGAGGGUGCGUCGUAUUCCGGGACCAGACCUAUACGGAUGCCGGUUUCGGGGAGCAAGCGAAGAUCGCCUCACACUUCGGGCCCUUGCACAAACACGGGUGGAUGCCACAUCCCCAGGAUGGACCGGUGGAAUUUGUGAUCGUCUAUGAUUCCAAAGACGAUCUACGGAUCCGGAAAUCAUGGGCCAGGAAGAGCCCGAUUCAGUUCCACGUUGACCAGUCUCCAGAGCGUCAACCUCCUGGUCUUACAUUCUUCUGCAUGUUAGAGUCGCCAGAUGGUAGCGGAGGAGAUACAAUCAUUUCCAACACGGGAAGAGCAUUUGAGCGACUCUCGCCUUCGUUCCGAAAGCGACUGGAAGGUCUCAUGGCUGUGCAUACGACUGCAAACCCUAUAAUGCGAGAAAUCCGCGACAACGGAAACAACUCUGUCUUAAGACGACCGAUCACUCGUAGUAUCCAUCCUGUCGUCACCAUCCAUCCCGUUACCAAACAAAAGGGACUCUUCGUCAAUUCAUCCUAUACGCAAAGUAUUGUCGGAUGGGAUGAGGAGGAAUCAGAUUACAUGCUCAAGUUCCUUUUCGAUCAUAUCAAUCGUGGUCAAGACUUCUCCUGCAGAGUGAGAUAUGAGCCUGGAACCGUUGUGGUUUGGGAUCAGCGAAUUACUCAACAUUCUCAAACGCUGGAUUAUGCUGCUGGUGAUCGUCGCCACGCUUUUAGAUUGACUCCAUUGGCAAAUGUUCCAAUCCCGAGCAAAAUCGAAGAGGAUGAUGGUGAAUGCCAAAAGGACGAGGCACGAGUAAUGCUCAAUCUUUGCUAG